CACAUGCCUGGGUUGAAUAAACAACCUUAAACAAGUCUUCUAGCUACAAUAUAAAAACAAAGGAAUUUCUUCUCAUCCUCAAUUGAAUUGACAAUAAGCAGACUUCUCCUUCAUUGAAAGGUUACCUAGAGUUGAACAUAUUAAGAUCGCAAGUACUAAUGGAUUUGUCACCAGUAUGGUUAUCAGAAAUGGAAACGGAAGAUAUAGGAUUCAUGAAUAGUGAUGAGAUAAGCCAACUUUAUGACACUAUUAUUGAUAACUUCAGUGUUGAUUCAUUUUCCUCAGAAUGCAAUACAGAAAACAUGACAACUAUCGACCAAUCUUUUCAGAAAAGAUGCAGUGUAAUUCCGAAACAAUCUCCAACCCCAGAACCCCUUAUUGCUACUACUCUUCCCUCUUCCAACACUUUCACCAUAUCUUUUGGAGAUCUAAAACCUAAAAACGAGAUGCUCCAGAUUAAUGAUUCACUCGGAUAUGAAGCUAGUGGUGCCACAAAGAUUCCAAUAAUUUCAAGAAAUCCGAUUCAGGCACAAGAUCAUGUUUUGGCAGAGAGGAAGAGAAGAGAAAAGUUGAAUCGACACUUCAUUUCCUUAUCUUCCCUCAUCCCUAAGCUUAAGAAGAUGGACAAGGCAUCUGUGCUUGAAGAUGCAUCUAGUUACAUAAAAGAGCUUCAAGAUCGGGUGAAGGAACUUGAGGGAUUAUCAGGAACAAAGAGAAAGAAUGUUCAAGAAUCUGUUAUUUCCAUAAGGAGGUCUAGGCUUAGUACUAGUGAUGAUGAAUACUACUCAUCUGAUGAAACGAACUCUGAAGACAAUACUCAUCUUUCCAAAUUGUCACCUGAGAUUGAAGUUCGGAUGUCAGGAAGCAGUGUGCUUGUAAAGAUUCAGUGUCAGAAAAACUUUUCUUCCUUGACGAAAGCAUUAACCCAGAUGCAAAACCUCGGAUUGUCGAUCAUCAGUAGCAGUGCGAUGCCUUUUGCGAAGACCACACUUCUAAUCAAUAUUGUUGCUCAGGUAUACAUGAAUUCUGAAACCCUAAUCACGAUUAAUGAUAACAAUAGUGAAAUUAGUCCCCAUAUCUAAUAUUUAAUAGUGUGGUGAUUACAUGUUGCGGAAGUUUAUGUGAUGAUUUGGGAGGCUAGCUAACAAACCAUUUGGAUGUUAUACGACUACAACAUGUAAAGAAAUGAAAUAUGAUAUAAAAAUUUUGUUAUAUCUCCUAUAGAAUUAAACCCCAAAAAUUCUGAAAGUUAUAUAUUUGACGUUUAGUAUUUUUCUGUGUCAUGUUUUUGUACACAAUUGAUUGGAAAGUAAUAUUUGUAUGCAUCUAAAAAGAAGUUCCGUUUUCUUUUAUUUGUGCAGAUUAAGGAUGACUUUUGUAUGACAACAGCAGAACUUGUAAAGAACCUACAGCAAGUUAUAUGAACAUUGAUGAACACAAUUAGUAGUUCAAUAUUUCCAUGUACUUGAAGAUCGUUAUAUAGUCAUUUUUCUGUUUCCAUAUCAUAGUUCAGAAGGAGGAAAUUUGAGAACAUUCUCAUCCCAUAUUUGGGUUUUUUUCGAGUACUCCAGAAGUAGUAGAGGAGCUUGUAACUCGAACUGUAGGAUGCUUUUCGUGGAUUAUUUCCUCCUCUUUUUGUUAGAUGGAAUGUUUUCAUGAGUAUUCCACAACAGGAUUUGUAAGUUUUUUUGCGUGGUUGAACACGUUCAUCAAUAUACCUUUGUGAUCAUAUGCAAAUGAAA